CCAUGGCAUCUGAAAACGCUACUCUGUGUAGUUCAUCAACUACGAGAACUUUAACAAGGUCAUUAAGGAUUACAAGAUACAGCGCCUUGGGUUUUAUGCCUGCAUAAUACUGAAAUAUUUUAAAUGGAAGAAUAUCAUUCCGCAGGGAGCCUACAAGCGCUGUCUGCAUUACUUUGCCCAACGGAAGAUGAUGAAGUCGACAGCUGCUCGUCUGCAACAGCCCAAGCUAGGCUUGGACCUGGUCAUAUCGGUCCCACUAAACAACCAGACGCCACAUCAGCAGCCUGUCUUACGAGAAGCGGUAAGGACAUCUGGGAUACCGAAGAAGUCGUGGAGGGUUCAGAAUUUGAUGACAUCGCUGAUCCUCGACCACAGCCCGAGUAUGACAUAGUGCUGAAGCAACAUGUGGGAACAGAGGACCUGUUUCUGGGUAUGACCAGGAAGGAUCCAUCCUCAAUGAGCUGCGAUGGCAUGGUGGUGAAAAUCAAGCUGCCUGACACAAAUGCUGCUGAAGUCAUUCUGGAUGUCAAAGAAAAGUUCCUUGAUCUUAGAACACCAAAAUAUAAACUAGGUUUGCAUCUCCCACACCCUGUACAUAGCCAGAAGGGAAAGGCUCAAUUCAUUGCAGAGAGAGAAGAAUUAGAGGUGACUCUUCCCAUGAACCGAUUGCUGGAUGCUAUCAACCUAUUAUGAGAAAAAAUGGGAUAUAUUAUUAUGAUGAAUAAAGUAUCAGAAUUCUAUUGUA